AUGGGUCUCCAAUGUCUGUGCGGGACGACCCUGCAAACUCUGAAACUCGCUGUGAUUCCCUCAUCAUCAUCUUCGUCUUCGUCUUCUUCACGCUUCGUUUUCGGACCACUUGCCAAAGUUUACUUCCCUUUCCACCGCCGUACAGCAAGUGCUCAGAGGCCUCCAUUCCCCCUCCUUCUUAGAGCUUUCUCGGCCCCUGCUGUUCAAGCUACUCCCACCACCACAACUACGAAGACCCCAGAUGAAAAGGUGUUGAAACCUCAAUGGAAAGCGGCGAUAGAUUUCAAGUGGAUAAGAGACAACAAGGAUGCUGUUGCUGCCAACAUAAGGAACAGGAAUUCCAAUGCAAAUUUGGAGCUUGUGCUUGAGCUCUAUGAGAAAAUGUCCAACCUCCAAAAGGAAGUUGAGCGGCUUCGUGGUGAAAGGAAUUUGGUGGCAAACAAGAUGAAAGGGAAACUUGAACCAUCUGAGCGUCAAAAACUGAUUGAAGAAGGAAAGAAUCUGAAAGAAGGGCUUCUUGCUUUGGAAGAAGACCUGCUUAAACUCACUGAUGACCUUCAGCAGGAAGCACAAUGUAUACCAAAUAUGACACAUCCUGAUGUUCCCAUAGGUGGGGAGGACUGCUCAACCAUAAGAAAGACGUAUGGAAGCCCACGUGAGUUUAUCUUCCCUGUUAAGGAUCAUCUUCAACUUGGAAAACAGCUGGAUCUUUUUGACUUAGAUGCAGCUUCAGAGGUCAGUGGAUCAAAGUUCUACUAUUUGAAGAAUGAAGCAGUUAUGUUAGAGAUGGGCCUUAUUAACUGGACACUAUCGGAAGUCAUGAGAAGGGGUUUUAUACCUUUAACAACCCCAGAAAUUGUUAGGUCCUCUGUUGUUGAAAAAUGUGGUUUCCAACCCCGUGGAACAAAUACCCAGGUUUAUUCAAUCGAGGGUACUGACCAGUGCCUUAUUGGCACUGCAGAGAUUCCAGUUGGGGGAAUUCAUAUGGAUUCCAUUCUUUCUGAAUCAUUGCUACCUUUGAAGUAUGUUGCAUUCUCUCAUUGCUUUCGUACUGAGGCAGGCGCUGCAGGCACAGCAACAAAGGGUCUGUAUCGAGUACACCAGUUCAGCAAAGUGGAGAUGUUCAUUUUGUGCCGACCAGAUGAGAGUGAUUCAUACCUUGAGGAGCUCAUCAGAAUUGAGGAGGAUCUUUUCUCAUCUCUGGGAUUACAUUAUAAAACUUUGGAUAUGGCUUCUGAGGAUUUGGGUGCCCCUGCUUAUCGUAAAUAUGAUAUUGAGGCAUGGAUGCCUGGUUUAGAACGUUUUGGUGAGAUAUCAAGUGCAUCAAAUUGUAGAGACUAUCAAAGUCGACGGCUUGGAAUUCGGUAUCGUCCAUCAGAACCGUCAUCAGCAACUCCUAAGAAGGGUAAAAGCAGUCUUGCUCCACCUCAGUUUGUUCACACCUUAAAUGCAACAGCCUGUGCAAUACCACGAAUGAUUGUAUGUCUGCUUGAGAAUUACCAGCAAGAAGAUGGAUCUAUCAUUAUCCCCGAGCCUCUGAGGCCCUUUGUUGGUGGUCUUGAGCUUAUUGCUCCUAAAUCCAGAUAAGAUGCUGAAAUCAUUGUACUCGUCUUUACAUUUUUUUUUUUUUUGCCCGAGGGAUUCUAGUUGCGGUAUCAUUCUUUGAUCAACUUUGAUACAAGCUUGUUCUUCAUGAGGACGACAAAAAUAAUUUAACAGCGGAAAGAAAGUAGAAAUGAAAUGUUUGCUCUUUAAGGAUCUGUACUUCCAAUAUACAGACGAAAUAUUUGGGCAACUUUUCUUGCUACCAGUAGAAGCGCCCAUAUAUGUAAUUUUUAGAGUUUUUGUCCUGGAUUGAGGAUUUUAUAAAUUGAACUGGAAGAAGCCAAUACUUGGA